AUGUUUCUUGAUGAGUAUAUCCCCGACUCCAUUCGAGAUGACAAGAGAGAGGAGUUCAUGAAAUUGAAGCAGGAGUGGGGGCAGACUGUCGCUGAAUACACUGAGCAAUUUAAGAAGUUGUGCAAAUAUGCUGAUCCCGCAUACCGAACAGCGAUAGGGAUGCGAGAUCGCUAUAUUCGAGGCUUGAAAGCAGAAAUUAAGAAAUGUAUGGGAGAAGCGGAGAGGAUAUCUCAAUCCAUAGCUUAUCGGGCUGCCCUUCGCAUCGAGAAGGAUGAGAAGAUGGCUCAGGAAGAGAGGGCUGCUAGAUUCGAUGUUCGAAGAGGAAAGAGUCCACCUACUCGGGGAGCCAGACUCUCUCAACUCACCCUUCUAAGAGAGGACCUGGUUCUACCCUCCAGCUGCCUUCCCAUAGCAAGGCAGGCUCUAACAGGAGUGCACCCACGCAGUACCAGACACAGUACCCGCUCUGUCAAUUUUGUGAGAAGCAUCAUCCGGGGGAGUGCAGGUUCAAGCUAG